AAAAUGCAAUAAUUUGGUUACGUAAUCGAUUACCAAUUAUGAAUUUUGAUCAAUUUUAUAAAGAUAAAUUAUUAGAUCUUAUUGAGAAUACAAAUCAACUUUAUAACAUCUUUCCGGAAACGUGUCAGACAGAGCUAUUGAUUAAAUCGGUUAUUAUCCAUACUAUUGCACUCCAUUCUUGUAUUCCCGCAGCAAAUUCUCCGUUGGCCACAUAUUUACAAACUUUGAGAGCUUGUAAAAAUACAUACAUAUUGGCAUCUCGCGUAGACACUGAUGACUUUCUUGAACUUACAGAUGCACUUGGAAAUUUUACACGCAUUGAGAAAGCAACCCGAUUAGGCUAUGUUUAUGAAUCUGUCAAAAGCAGAAGCUACAUCAAUUAUCGCCUUCGUGAUUUAACACCAGUUUUUUAUCGCAUAUUGCAUUUUAUUGUUCAUAUACUUAUUGCCGCUGCUUCGGAUGCAGAUCGCAAUGAAUUUUUUAACAAUUCACAACAGAGUAAUGAGAACGAAAUAAUUCAAGACCCUUUAGUUUAUUGUCAAAAUCAUAUUGUGAAUGAUUGGCAAAUAUUGACACGCUUGUUUGAUUGCGAUGAUGAAACAUUGUCAUUGGUAUUGCAUUCAAUUUUAUAUUCUAUAUCCGAAAAUCCAAAUGAAGCAAUAAUAAGAUUAGACACAGUUGAAAAGCGACGAGCCUGGGAAAAUGAAUUUGCUCAACGUUACAUAAAAUCAAAAGUUGUAAAUGCUCGCCAUACCGCAACAGAUUUUCAAAAAAAGAUUAAGGAUAAUGAACGCACACUCGAAAGUGAGAUUAAUGAAACCUUGGACGUUGACGAAACAUAUCAAAUUAAUUUUCGCCCACGAAUUUGGCGACGGAUUGGCAAAGCAAGUUUCGAAAAUUUACAAGCAUAUUGUGUAGGGUAUCCAAACUUUGCCACUGAAUUUCCAUUUCUAUCAUUGUUCUUUGAAUAUCAAGAACAAUUGGCAUUGAUAAAAAAUCUAAUACCAAUUAUAAAAUUCUCAAAGAUUCUUUCUUCAAUGCUAUGCUAUAAAUUGAAAAGGAAUGAUGCACGCAGUCUUACGUUUGAACAAUUUCUUAAUAACAAUGAAUCACCGGAAAAUCUUUAUGAAGUUUUUAAAAAUUUUACCGAAGCAUGGAACUCCAUAAGGGAACAUGUCGUGCAAUUUGAAUAUCAUGAGUUUACAACUCAGAUGCCAGAAAUGAAAAGCAGCCUUCCUGUGGUUUAUGCAUUGUUUGAAAAAAGAGAUGAGUCAUUAUAUAUAUGUGGAGCAAUCGAACUUUUAGCAAAUUUACAAAAUGAAUUCUUGCAACAGGUUUUAGCAAUUAAACCUGGUUGUCCUUCGUUGAGAUUUUUAGAAGGACGGUUUAUAAAUAAUGCACAACGUCAUGUGUCCCAGCAUCAUUACUAUAUAGAAUCAUUAGCACUAUCUGAGGCACGUUCUAAAAAUAUUAUAAAUUAUGAAUGGAAUCCUAUAUUACUUUCCUAUAGUCAAUGUAAUCUUGAGCUUGGUCGUGGACAAGAAAUUCAAUAUGAACUACAUAAAAUUGAAGCAGAAUUAGCAUAUUCAUUACUUUUUAAUAAAGCUCAUCUUAACAAAAAUGAAUCACUUUGGUUAGAUGUGUUUUCAUAUCACCAAGAACUAUUUUCAACAUCUCGAACAAUUUUGAGUGAAAUCAGAGACUUAAUUCCUCAAGAGCAAAUUCCUCCCGAAAAACUUGGGUUUUCCGCCACGGCCACUUAUAAUACUUCAUCCAGAUUUACUUUUAGCGAUCUAAAUGCCAUCGAUACGGUUUCUACUUUUGAUAAUCCCACUGAACUAUUGUCAAAACUUGAAAUUUUACUUUGUUUUUUGAAACGAAUUUCAGGAGAUCGCGAAAUGAAAAUCUGUGAUUAUAUAAAUAAAUGGGAGAGAUUAUCAGCACUAAACGAAACUCCUCAAUUUCAAAAAAUAAUUAAUGGAUUAAGAUUAAAACAUGCAGUAGCAUUAUAUGAAUUAGUUGAAGAAAAAAUUGCGGAUGUGGAAAUUGAAUAUCUAUCAGAUAAAUAUAAAGAAAGACUGCAACAAAAUUUAAAAAAUGAAAUUAACUCAGGUGUUGAUUUCGAGCAAUCGCAUGGCACAGGUGGUAGUGGUAUAAGUAAACUUAAAAUUCCACAUAAAGCUUUUGCAGUAGUAUUGAAGAGGUUCAUGUUUCGAUAUUUAACAUCAGAAAUGUAUAAUUCUGAUGAGGUACUUGCAAAUUAUUUAGCUGGGAAUGCCUUUAUUGAUUGUUGGCCAACUUGGGUACCUGAUGAUGUUAUUCGUGAUAAAUUUCCAAAGUCGUUAUUAGCUGCGAAUAUUUAUGAUGCAUAUCAAUAUACAAUUCAGAAUGUGAAGAAGGCAAUAUCACAUAAAAUUGAUAAUAGCCGACAAAAAGAGGCUUUGUCGAGGAUGAAUUCUAGUUCAAGUGCACGUGGUGGAAGUCAUGGAAAUCGUGGAGGUCGCGGAGGAGGCCGUAGAGGUCGUGGUCGUGGUGGAAAUAAUUUAGACAAAAU